AUCGGGAAAUAAUCAUGACGCCUCUGGUUUUGUUGGCAGUGCUGGGAGUGUGCUCGGCUGUUCCCUUCACGGGAUACACCCCCGAAGUGCAGGCUGAGAGAGCACGCUUCUUCCAAAGCUUCCGUGCUGCUCAGGCUGCCGCCGUUCCCCAGCAGGCCCUGUACCACCAUGCUGCUGCCGCCCCUCAGCACAGCUUCCACCACGCCGCCCUAGUCCAGCCCAAGUGGACCGGACCCGUAGCUGCCACCGUCCCCGCCGGCGUCGACGGCACCAUCACGCCCGUGUCCGACACCCAAGAGGUGGCUGCCGCCCGCAACGCCUUCAGCAGCGCCUACCAGGCCCAGCUGAGGGCCACAGUGGGUGCCGUACCUGCCGUGCACUCUCACGUCCCCGCCCACCAUCACGCCCCCGCCCACCAUCACGCCCCCACCUACCAUCACGCCCCCACCUACCAUCACGCCCCAGCCGUCCCUCACCACGGCUUCCACCACGCCGCCCCCGUGCAGCCCAAGUGGACCGGCCCCGUGGCAGCUACCGUGCCCGCCGGACUCCCAGGCUCCGCCCCGCAGGUCGCCGACACUCCCGAAGUCGCAGCCGCCAAGCAGCAGUUCUUCAGCACGUUCAACAGGCAGGCGGCAGCUGCGGCGCCCCCAUCGAGGCACUACUACUAGACCCAACUGUCAUAAUGUAUAUAAUGAAGUAAAAAUAAAUGAACUCUUAAGAUA